CCCUCGGAUGGUGGAAAUUGUGCGGCAGCGAGCAAAGAGAGAGAUGCGCGCACCUCUAGGCGAGCCUCCACAGUUAGAUUAGUCCACGCGUGGGUCAAGACGGCAAGAGAGGAUCACCUCCUCAAAAAUACCCCCUACACCUCCAAGGAAAAAAUAGUAAGGAGGAAUCAAGAGGAGCGUCGCGAGGAGUGACUCCCACAGAGAAGUGCGCACGCGUGGGUGCGAGACGCACUCUCCGCGCUGAAGAAUGCGUGCCAGGAUGUCGGGAGUGUUCUAAACAAUUUCAUUUGAUGGACUUUAUUUUUUAAACGGAUUUUCCAACCACCCGCGGAUUGCACAAGAAGGAAAAUUUAAAAGGCAAAGCUGUCAGAUUGGAAAGUGACCUUGAUGGGGGGGAUUAUGUGAUCCUGACACUUUGAGAAUGACGCUGUCAACCUAUUGCUUUUAUUCUUCGAUAACUUUUUUUUCCAACCUUGUGGAAACAUCGGCAUCCUUUUGCCAACCUGCGAUGAAACAAAUCUAACCGACAGCAGUGGUGGGGUUUCGAUCCAGGUGGCCGAUAUAUUAAAGUGGAAACGCCUGGAGUACCAUUAAACAAAUCAGAUAAACGCACUGCGAAAUCCGUCGAUAGCCUUUAUUGACGAGGGACUAUAAAAAGCUAAUGACCGGACCUGACAGCCAGCAUUCAACUCAGCUCGACAGCAAGCGCGCUCGGGAAACUUUCCCGGAAGGUCGACGGUAACGCCAGGCUUUUCUGUGCUCUUUGAAUGCACCGUGUUAUGAGCGCCCCGCUAAUUGAACCGGAUAAUAUGCGCCGAGCGUGCGGCGAGUGCUGAUGCCCUGAUAGUUGGCAAGAUCCUGACCACCCAAAACCAGCAUGGCGGUUCUGACCAGGUACCUACGGGUGACCCAGGCGACUGGGGAAGCGGCAAAGGGACGGCCGACCUUUCAGUCCUGAGAUCCGUCUGCGGAGCGGCGCAGCUGCAGCGGGCCGGGGGAUGUGAUGGGGUGACGGCUCAUGCCCCCCCUUACCCCGAUCCCUAAAAUCCCACCCGCCCCGCAUACGGUCUGGCUUCAACAAUGGAUCAAAAUUUCUCGACGGUUCGAGACGGCAGACAGCCUCUGCCUGAGCGUGACUCGUCCAAACGGGUUUUGACGGGAUGCUUCCUCUCCCUCCUCAUCUUCACCACGCUGCUGGGCAACACGCUGGUGUGCGUGGCCGUCACCAAGUUCCGCCACCUGCGCUCCAAGGUCACCAACUUCUUUGUCAUCUCCCUAGCCAUCUCCGACCUCCUGGUGGCCAUCCUGGUGAUGCCUUGGAAGGCCGCGACGGAGAUCGUGGGUUUCUGGCCUUUCGGCCCCUUCUGCAACGUAUGGGUGGCGUUUGACAUCAUGUGCUCGACCGCCUCCAUCUUGAAUCUUUGCGUGAUCAGCGUGGACCGCUACUGGGCCAUCUCCAGUCCGUUCCGCUACGAACGCAAAAUGACCCCCAGAGUGGCGUGUCUGAUGAUCAGCGUGGCGUGGACGCUCUCCGUUCUCAUCUCUUUCAUCCCUGUGCAGCUGAACUGGCACAAAGCUCAGACGACCAGCUACGUGGAGCUCAACGGAAGCUACCCGGGCGAACUGCCGCCCGACAACUGUGAUUCCAGCCUUAACCGCUCUUACGCCAUCUCCUCGUCUCUCAUCAGUUUCUACAUCCCCGUGGCCAUCAUGAUCGUCACGUACACUCGCAUCUACCGCAUCGCCCAAAAACAGAUCCGGAGGAUAUCUGCCCUGGAGAGGGCAGCGGAGAGUGCCAAAAACCGUCACAGCAGCAUGGGCAACACGUCCAAUGUAGAGAGCGAGAGUUCGUUCAAAAUGUCGUUCAAGCGAGAAACCAAAGUGUUAAAGACGCUCUCGGUGAUCAUGGGGGUGUUUGUGUGUUGCUGGUUGCCCUUCUUCAUCCUCAACUGCAUGGUUCCCUUCUGCGAAGCCAACCUGCCGGACGACGCCAACGACUUCCACUGCAUCAGCCCGACCACCUUCGACGUGUUUGUGUGGUUCGGCUGGGCCAACUCCUCGCUCAACCCCAUCAUCUACGCCUUCAACGCCGACUUCCGCAAGGCCUUCUCCAUUCUGCUGGGCUGCCACCGCCUCUGCCCUGGGAGCAACACCAUCGAGAUCCUCAGCGUCAACAACAACGCCGGAGCGACCCUUCCCAACCCCGCUUGCCAGUACCAUCCCAAAAGCCACAUCCCAAAGGAAGGCAACCACUCGGCGGGCUGCGUGAUGCCCCACAGCAUCUUGUGUCAGGAGGAGGACUUACACAAGCUGGACGAGAUGGAGGUAGGUGUUGACAACAACGCCUUGGACAAACUCUGCCCGGCCAUCUCGGGGAAUUUAGACAGCGACGCGGAGAUCACUCUGGAAAAGAUCAACCCCGUAACGCAGAACGGACAGCACAACGCCAUGUCCCGCUGAACGCUCGCAACGGACAUCUUGCCUGACGGCGACAUAGUGAGUGUUGUUCCAUCCAUCACCCGCAGGACCUUCGGCCCGGCCCGUUGACAACUAUCCACAAGAGAGAAAACACAAUCCGAAUGUUUCCGAGUUACAGGCACUUUAUUCCGGCUAAACACACUGCAGAAUUCUGACGUGUGAUCGCAUUUCUUUGUAUGCAUCCUGUACAGUACGGAUUGACUUUUAACAGUAUUAUAGCGCAGAAGAUGUAGAAAACGUUAGCAAAAUGUGUUGUCUAAUGCAGUUGAUAUCUGAUUCUAUUUUUAAUUGCAGUAUAAACAUGGCAGUUUUCUUUGGAGAGCCAAAAGACGUGCGUUUUUGACUUGCGUGCCAAGGAACCAAAGUCGGAAUUCAAAAUGGAGGAGGCAGGAGAACAACCUGUUAUUUUUCUACUUCAAGUUUGUCUAAACGGUAGGGAUGGCAAUUUGUCGGAGGGCAAUUAUGACAAUAGACAAUUUGUAACUUUAGUAAUGACACAAAGUCGAUGCAAAAUUGAUCU